AACUGAUGGUCACUCCAUGUGGGCCUCGGUUCAGAACGAGCCUACUCCUCGGGAGCCGGACUACAGCAGUAUCGAGCAGCUGUUCUGUCUCCCGGUUACCGAGACCAAAGACAAGGGGGCAGCUGCUCCUGUCAAGAAGGAGCCUAAAGAGAUAACAUUCAUUGAUCCAAAGAAAAACUUGAAUUUGAACAUAUUCCUAAAGCAGUUCAAAUGCAAAAAUGAGGAUUUUGUAGUCAUGAUUCAGAACGGGGACCGUACGAGGUUUGAUGUGGAGGUGCUGAAGCAGCUCAUUAAGCUCCUACCAGAGAAGCAUGAGAUUGAAAAUUUGAAGUCUUUCCAAGGAGAAAAAGACAAGUUGGCAAAUGUUGACCGCUUCUACACUUCCCUUCUCACUGUGCCGUGUUAUCAGUUGAGGAUCGACUGCAUGUUGCUGUGUGAGGAGACUUCAUCGGUGUUGGAUAUGCUCAAACCUAAAGUCAAGCUGGUGGAGGAGGCCUGCCAGUCUCUCAGAAAGAGCACGCUCAUGCCCACCUUCUGCAGGCUCAUCCUUGACGUUGGGAAUUUUCUCAAUUAUGGAAGCCACACAGGAAAUGCCACUGGGUUCAAGAUCAGCUCUCUGCUCAAGCUCACAGAGACCAAGGCCAACAAGAGCCGCAUCACGCUGCUUCAUCACAUCCUGGAGGAAGCAGAGGCGAACCACCCAGAGCUGUUGUUGCUGCCAGAUGACAUAGAGAUCUGUGAAAAAGCAGCAGGAGUUAACCUGGACUCUCUUCAAUCAGAAGCCAGUGCCUUACUAAAACGACUGAAUGAGGCGGCCAAGAAGAUCUCCAACUCUGACGAAGAAUUGAAGGAGCAAUAUGAAAAAGUUCUUCAGGACAGUCUGGAGGCAUGUCAGGCUUUAUGUGAAAGGCUCACUGCAGUGGAGAAGACGAAGAGUGAGCUGGCUGUUUACUUGUGUGAAGAUGCCAAUCAGCUGUCGCUUGAGGAACUCUUCGGAACCAUCAAGACUUUCCGAGGACUUUUCAUCAAGGCACUGAAGGAAAACAAAACCAGAAGAGAGCUGGCAGCCAAGGCUGAGAAGAGGAAGAGGCAGCUGGCAGAGGAGGAGUCCAAGAGACAGAAGGGAGAGAAUGGAAAAAUCAUCAAGAAAGGCUUCGUGCCACAGGACGACGGCUGCAUCAUCGACCACCUCCUGGCAGAUAUCAGGAAAGGUUUCAGCCUCAGAAAGACCAGGCCAAGGUGCGAUUCGGAAAGCCUCCCUUCUAGUGAAAAGCGUAGGGAUACCUGCCCAUCUGGACCAAGUGUGAAGCCUGCAGGCGAAAAGGCCGUAGAAGUAGCCACCGUUUCCUCUCCCACCAAACCUCAGGCAGAGGGUCACCGAGCCAGCACAGGAAAAGUGAACGGCUUCAUCAGCCCAUCAGAAGAGGCUCCGCCAGCACCUCAGAGUGCGGUGCAAGACGGACCAGCUGUACCUCCCAAGGCACUCCCAGGAGAACCAGCCACGACAAUGCAGGCACCCCUGGCAAGACCUGCCUCGCUGCAGGAUGGACAACACCCACAGAAGCCUAUAGUUUCAUCACCAGAUACGGCACAACCUCAGCCUCAGGUUGAAGCGGAACAUCAACCUUGCCUCUCCACCAACGGCUUUUCAUUGGAUUCAACUGAGACGAGCGUCCUCAGCCCAUCUUCCCUCUCAGAUUCCGACCUCCUAGAAGCUGCGUUAGAUGGCACUUCCAGCCUGGUAUCUGAGAAGCUGAUGCAUGAGGAGCCGGCAGACAUUAGCGUUAAUGUUCAGAUAAAGGAAAGUCCUUUACCUAAUACAGACAAUGUGACACAGAUCAGUGAAAGCACUAUAAAGGGAGAUUGGAAAGGUGAAACUAGUCGUAAAAUAAGCCAUUUAGCAGAGACGGUUGAACAAGAGAAGGGUCGAGACGAAUGGAAAUGCAUUACUGGUAAAUCAUCCGUGACUACACUCAGUGAGGGCAUCGAGGGCUUCGAUGUCCCAGAUGGACUGGAAUCAGAAGAUCUGCCAUCAGUGUCUGAAGCAGUGCCUCCAUCCCUUAAGCCCGAACCAAAGAAACAGAGGAGCCUCUUUAAGCGAAACAAAAAGAAGAGUACUCAAGGUGACUCCAGAAAAAGGAAAACAAGAGGAAAAAGAAAAUGUUAAUGUCACACAGGAGUUGUGAACGGGAAGGACUACAGUUUAUUUUGUGAGACAACAUGAGCAUUGACUCCUUCAAGAGGAUGCAGAAGUCUUCCUUUUGCAAUGAUUUGUUUUCCCAAGACCAAGAAGAGUAAACUCAUCUAAGGCUGUAUGGAUGUCAACAUGUCACUUUAUGUAAAUGAGUUGUAGUUUUUGUGUACAUGAGUGGUUUGAAUUCAGAACUAUUCAAAAAAAAAAAAGUUAAAUAUGCUUUAUAUGUUUUGUAAAACUGUUGUAAUAUGCAUUGAAUGUGUUUUUGCUAUAUGCUAUAUUUACCUUGCAGCACCAACAGAGAACGACGAUGCAGUGUUGUUGGUGCAAGAUAUUUAAUUAAUUAACUUAUCAAAACAAAACUGCUCUUUAUUUCUUUAUAUAUUACCCAGAUGAUCUCUAAUAAAAGAAAUACAUAUAUGGAUUGUAACUUUUAAUGUUAAAUAUAUUUUAAUAAAAGUGAAUUU